ACCGAGAACAGAUUAUUGCGAGCUGUUGUGGUGGAUACCUCAGUUUCAAGGACUCCCGGAACCAGACUAGCCUGAGCAUGAAACGUUGUACUGUGAGCGAAAUUUUGUGGAAUGACCGGGAGCAAGUGUUGGGAAGCGUCUAUUUGAUCGAACUCGGCUUGUGUGUUGUUGCACAAACUCAGGAUUCCGCGCUCUCGGUCACGCUUGCUUCCCUUCGCCUCUCCUCUGCCUUCUGCUCGCCGUCCCCGUCUUGUCCCCCAUCCCUCUCCUUUCCCCCACCAUCGCCCACAGCGAGCAGCCGCUCCGCCAGCACAGCGAGAUUGUAGCAGGUCGACGGUCGCCUCCUAAUAUCUACUUUACUUGCCUCCGUCGAAUGCUUUUGCCAAGCUGCCGCUAAUUCACUCCUCAAUCCUGGGCGAUGCGACGCAGAACCAUAUCAUGCAACAACACCAUGUCCAACAGGCCCACCAUCCCACACAUGUCCUUCAGAACGGCUAUGCCAACAACGUCCCACAUAGUCAGAAUAUCCUGUCGAACGGCUCCUCGCAGAAUGGGUCUCAGACGCACCGCAACCCUUCGCUGCACCCUCCCAGGGAGACCAUCACUGUGCUCGGAAUACCCUCCGUCACCGUCGAGAACGACCAGCUCGUCGUCGGCGGCUCGCAGAGCAGUGAGUAAUCACACUUUA